AUGGCUACAACCUCUUCCAUGUUCAUGUACAGCUUGACCGUCCAGCCCCCGACCGCGACGACACAAGCUAUCUUGGGACAGUUCACCGGAAAUAAGGAGCAGCAGAUCAUUACAGCUUCCGGAUCCCGCCUCACCCUACACCGUCCCGAUCCAUCCCAGGGCAAAAUUCUCACAGCCCUAUCCCAUGAUGUGUUUGGAAUCAUCAGAGCCUUGGCUUCCUUCAGGCUGGCUGGAAGCAAUAAGGAUUACAUCAUUAUCACAUCUGACUCUGGACGAAUUACUAUCGUCGAAUUCCUCCCGGCGCAGAACAAGUUCAAUCGGUUGCACUUGGAAACAUUUGGAAAAUCUGGUGUCCGAAGAGUCAUUCCUGGACAGUAUUUGGCUGUGGAUCCGAAGGGUCGAGCUUGCCUGAUUGCUUCAGUAGAAAAGAACAAACUCGUUUAUGUCCUCAAUCGAAACUCCCAAGCAGAGCUGACGAUCUCAUCACCGCUGGAGGCUCACAAGCCUCAAACCUUGGUAUUUGCCAUGUGUGCGUUGGACGUUGGCUACGCCAAUCCAGUCUUUGCCGCUUUAGAAGUCGAUUACGGAGAUUCAGAUCAGGACCCUACCGGCCAGGCUUAUGAUGAAAUUGAAAAGAGCCUGGUGUACUACGAGCUAGACCUCGGACUGAACCACGUUGUACGAAAGUGGUCGGAUCCUGUGGAUCGGACCGCGUCUGUCCUCUUCCAAGUCCCAGGCGGUACUGAUGGACCCAGUGGAGUUUUGGUUUGCGGAGAUGAUAACAUCACAUACCGACACUCAAAUCAGGAAGCUUUUCGCGUUGCUAUUCCUCGGCGCCGAGGGGCUACCGAGGACCCUAACAGAAAGCGGGUCAUUGUGGGUGGUGUCAUGCACAAGCUCAAGGGUGCCGCUGGUGCCUUUUUCUUCUUGCUCCAGACAGACGAUGGAGACCUGUUCAAGGUCACCAUUGAAAUGGUCGAGAAUGAUGAGGGUGCUCCCACAGGAGAAGUCAAACGCCUCAAGAUCAAGUACUUUGACACCGUUCCGAUUGCCACUAGUCUCUGCAUCUUGAAGAGUGGCUUCCUGUUCGUGGCUAGCGAGUUCGGCAACCAUCAGUUCUACCAAUUCGAAAAACUCGGAGACGACGAUGAAGAAACCGAAUUCAUCAGCGACAACUUUCCCACAGACCCGUUAGAGCCUUACACGCCUGUAUAUUUCCAUCCUCGGCCAGCGGAGAAUCUGAGCCUCGUUGAAAGCAUCGACUCUAUGAACCCGUUGAUGGACUGCAAGGUCGCAAAUUUGACUGAGGAGGAUGCUCCUCAGAUCUACUCUAUCUGUGGCACAGGUGCACGCAGUACCUUUAGAACAUUGCGCCAUGGCUUGGAGGUCAGCGAAAUUGUUGAAUCCGAGCUGCCCGGUGUACCCUCUGCUGUCUGGACUACAAAGCUGACACGGAAUGAUACCUACGAUGCCUAUAUAAUUUUGUCUUUCACAAAUGGUACUCUCGUUCUCAGCAUCGGUGAGACUGUAGAAGAAGUCACAGAUACCGGAUUUCUGUCUAGUGCACCGACACUGGCAGUUCAGCAGCUUGGCGAUGAUGGCCUGAUUCAAGUUCACCCCAAAGGUAUCAGGCAUAUCAGAGCCGACCGUCGUGUCAACGAGUGGGCUGCUCCACAACAUCGUUCAAUUGUCGCUGCUGCGACAAACGCGCGACAAGUUGCUGUUGCUCUCAGCUCUGGCGAGAUUGUUUAUUUCGAGAUGGACUCCGAUGGAUCCCUGGCUGAAUACGACGAAAAGAAGGAAAUGAGUGGAACUGUCACCUGCUUGAGUCUUGGAGAGGUUCCCGAAGGACGAGUGCGAAGCCAAUUUUUGGCCGUGGGUUGCGACGACUCAACAGUGCGUAUUCUGAGUCUCGAUCCUGAUUCGACUUUGGAAAACAAGUCAGUCCAGGCUCUGACUUCUGCCCCCUCGGCACUGUCAAUCAUGGCUAUGUCUGAUUCAUCUUCUGGAGGCUCGACUCUCUACCUUCAUAUUGGUCUUUACUCUGGUGUCUACUUGAGAACAGUACUGGACGAGGUUACUGGGGAGCUUUCGGACACGCGAACCCGAUUUCUUGGUCCCAAACCAGCCAGACUCUUCCGGGUCUCUGUCCAAGGACAAGCUGCUGUUCUUGCUCUGAGCUCCCGACCUUGGCUUGGGUACUCUGAUCCUGUUACUAAAGGCUUCAUGCUUACCCCAUUGAACUACCCUGGAUUGGAGUGGGGCUGGAAUUUCAGCAGCGAGCAAUGUACGGAAGGUAUGGUGGGUAUCCAAGGUCAAAAUCUCAGGAUCUUUUCCAUCGAGAAACUUACCGACAACCUUCUCCAAGACACCAUAUCGCUCACAUACACCCCUCGCCGUUUUCUCCGUCACCCAGAACAUCCCUUGUUUUACACAAUCGAAUCCGACAAUAAUAUCCUUUCCCCAGCCACCAAAGCCAAAUUAUUAGAAGAUCCCUCGAUAGUCAAUGGCGACGCGGCUGUUUUACCUGCAGAAGAAUUUGGCUACCCACGAGGCAAAAACCAUUGGGCAUCAUGCAUAUCAGUCGUCGACCCUGUUACCGAGAAGCGUGUUCUCCAAAAGAUUGACCUCGAUGAUAAUGAGGCAGCUGUCAGCAUGGCGGCGGUCUCAUUUUCUAGUCAAGAUGACGAGGUCUUCCUUGUUAUCGGAACCGGUAAGGAUAUGAUAGUAAGCCCGAGAUCUUCGACAGCGGGUUUUAUUCAUGUCUACCGAUUUCAUGAUAAUGGCAAGGAGAUUGAGUUUAUUCACAAGACUAAGGUUGAGGAACCGCCAAUGGCUCUCCUUGGGUUCCAGGGCAGGCUUCUUGUAGGAAUUGGUAAAGAUUUGAGAAUCUACGACCUCGGCAUGCGGCAACUUCUUCGAAAGGCUCAAGCAGAAGUGGCCCCAAAUCUAAUCGUUGGUCUCCAAACCCAAGGAAGCCGUAUCGUGGUCAGCGAUGUCCAGGAGAGUAUCAUCAUGAUCGUAUACAAAUUCCAGGAGAACAAGCUCAUCCCGUUCGUUGACGAUACCAUCUCCCGCUGGACCUCUUGUACUACAAUGGUCGAUUAUGAGACCGUUGCAGGUGGCGAUAAGUUCGGCAAUCUAUGGCUUUUGAGAUGUCCGACAAAAGCAAGCGAGGAAGCUGAUGAGGAAGGCUCUGCCUCACAUCUUGUCCAUGAGCGAUCAUAUCUUCAAGGUUCUCCUCAUCGGCUGACCUUGAUGGCUCAUUUCUUCACCCAAGACAUCCCGAUGAGUAUCCAGAAGACAAAUUUGGUCGCUGGAGGACGGGAUUGCAUACUAUGGAGUGGAAUUCAAGGAACCCUUGGCAUCCUUAUCCCAUUCGUCAGUCGUGAAGAUGUCGACUUUUUCCAGACUCUUGAACAACAUCUCCGGUCAGAGGACGCUCCGUUGGCUGGGAGAGACCACCUCAUCUACCGAAGUUACUACGUUCCAGUCAAGGGAGUGAUCGAUGGAGACUUGUGUGAAAGAUAUACUCUCUUGCCUACGGACAAGAAACAAAUGAUUGCUGGGGAGUUGGAUCGGUCGGUUAGAGAAAUUGAGCGGAAGAUUUCGACAGGAUAUUCGGACGCGUUCAGCAUAUUAGCUGGCGCAUGGGUUUACAUGGAUUGGUGUAUUUAUAAUACAGGCAGGCGUUGCGGUUACACAUUAUGA